UACGUUGUGUACUAGUCAAUGUCUCAUUGUUGUUGUCUUCACGAAGUCACCAUGUUCUCCUUAGUACUUGCAGCUAUGAUAGGAAUUUCACAGGCCAAUACAGUUGGUCCCUGGACACCGGCCGUACCCACAGACACAGGGCCCAUCGACUGGACCAGGACAACAUAUGUACCUAUGAUGACGUCACUGGCCCCUUUCUACACCGGUACACAUAGUACACAUCAACACCAUCAUCAUCAAACAACAAAGCACCAUUCCGGACAUGACCAUACGGCCCAUCCAACAACUCACCGGCCAGUCGACUCUAAUGAGUUUGACACUGCAACGUUCUACUACGACGCGCUAUCGCACACAAUGGUCAUGCAUCUGGGAAGUUGUUACUUGAUGAAACUGAGUGCCGCCCAACAACAAUCUGUCCACACACAACAUGGACUUAAGUCUAUUGAGCUGAGUUUGAUGAGGAUUGCUGUAAAUGGACAAAAGACCAAAAUAACACAUGACCAAGUAGUGGCCAUGAGUGUUCACUUGUCCCACAUGUGUCCUAGUCAAAACAACUUUCUCCUCCAUCACGUCGUACACCAUCACACCACCACCGUCAGGUUCUAAAAACUGACAUCACUUUCGAUAAGUUUCAGACAUGACGUGUGUCAACGAAAUUCUCUUUAUCAUUUAAUCUACUAUAUU